UCCGGCCAGCUCACCGUACGGAGGAGUGUUGUCAAUCUGUAAUCCAGACGUAGACAUUUUACAGCUGUGUUACCUGUUCCAACACUUAUACAUUUUCAGCAAAUCUGACAUUACAGCAAAAUGGUGCUGCUGACAAUGAUCGCCCGGCUGGCGGAUGGACUGCCAUUGGCCGCUUCAAUGCAGGAGGACGAGCAGAUCGGUCGAGACCUCCAGCAAUAUCAGAGCCAAGCCAAACAGCUGUUCCGCAAACUGAAUGAACAAAGUCCCACCCGAUGCACCUUAGAGGCUGGCUUAAUGGCCUUUCACUAUGUCAUUGAGAAAGGAGUUUGCUAUCUGGUGCUGUGUGAAGCCGGGUUUCCUAAAAAGCUUGCCUUUGCAUAUCUUGAAGAUCUGCAAGCAGAGUUUCAUGAACAACAUGGCAAGAAGGUGCCCACAGUCUCCAGGCCAUACUCAUUCAUAGAGUUUGAUACAUACAUUCAGAAGACCAAAAAGUCUUACAUUGACAGUAGAGCACGCAGGAACCUGAGCAAUAUUAACACAGAGCUGCAGGAUGUACAGAGGAUCAUGGUGGCCAACAUAGAAGAAGUUUUACAGAGAGGGGAGGCCUUAUCUGCGUUGGACUCAAAGGCUAGUAACCUGUCCAGCCUGUCCAAAAAAUACAGAAGUGAUGCUAAGUACCUGAACACUCGCUCCACGUAUGCUAAGCUAGCUGCGGGCGGAGUCUUCUUCAUCAUGCUUAUCGUAUACAUACGUUUCUGGUGGCUGUGAGGUCUAGGGGAUCGUUUUGAGGGGUGAAGGGCUCCUGAGAAAAUGACAGGUGAAAAGCAGAUGGACUCAAAACAUCAACAAGCACACGUUGAGUUUUAAAGCCUUGAACUGUUCUUAAAGACUGUUGGGUUCAGCGCUUUCCCUCUUAACAAGCUGUUAAGUCCCUAACCUAAUUCUCACUGGUCUCUGUUUUAUGAACUACACAGAAGUUUGUAUGUGAUUGAUUUGACUGUGCAAGGAAAAUUUGUUUUAGUGUGUGAAUGAAAGUGUGUUUUCCUGUAUAUGUCUGUUUAAAAAAAUAUAUAUAUAUAUAUAUAUAUAUAUAUAUCACUCCUGUCAUGGAAAUUAAUCUUAUAUACUUUAUAACAUUACCAUAACAGCAGUGGAUCCCAAAUCUAGAAAUGAAUGAUUCAUUAACAGAAGUAUGUUAAAUCAGAUUUGUAGUUUCAGGACAUUUGGGUUGAGAAGUGAGUAAGAAACCACUUUCACUGAAUGCUUAAAGGAUAUUUCACUCAAAAAUAAAAAUUCUGUCAUCGUAUACUCGCCCCCACUUUGUUCCAAACCUGAAUGGCCCUUUUCUUCAGUGGAAUACCAAAGGAUAUAUCAGGCAGAAUGUUAUCUUCAUUCACUAUUCACUUUCAUAUAGGGCUGAUACGAUUAGUCGACAAUGUCAAAAAUACAAAAAAUUGUCGACAAAAUCUUUUGUUGUGAAUUAUAAUAUGAGUGUCACGGUGUGUAUCUUAUGAAGAAAAUCAGCGAUACGCAGCUCUAUAAAGAAGAAAGAGUUUGUUUUUCAUGAGUUAAAGAUGAAUCCAUUAUACAAUGCAAAAAAAAUAUUUUUUUGAUUUGUCUUUUUUUGGUUUGUUUUCCAAUAUAAAUAUCUAAAACUCCUUAUGUACAUUUACUUUAGCAGCUAUACUGCAGAAUAAAAAAUUGUUAUCAGAUAAUUUUGAAUAUAAUAUUUAAUUCAUUUUAAUAUUUAAAUAUUUUAAAAUAUAAAAAAAAUCCUUAAAACAACAUUUACCUGAGAAGUAGCAUAUAAGAUAUUUAGACUUGCUUUUAGAGCAUUUAUGUUGAAUAUGAGUAUAUUUUUUUUCUUUACUCCACUGGCAGAAGUAUGAACAAGUGAAAAUAUACACAUCAAAAUACACUUAUUUAAGAUACAUUCUCUUAAAGCAAGUUUAAAUAUCUUCUAUGUUGCUUCUCAAAUGAAUGUAUCUUGCUUUAAGGAUUUUUAGAUUAUGUUAAAUGGAAAACAAGACAAAAACACUUAAUAACAAUAGGAUUUUUUGCUGUGAAAAUUUUAAUUAAGCAAUUAAAAAAGUAGUUUUUCCCCUUUAAUUCAGUGAAUGUCAUUUAGAGGUAUUUUUAAAAGAUGAUUUUGUCCUCUUUAUUUUUAGUAAGCAUGUUUAAUACGACCUUUUAAGUCGAGGCCUAAGCUGAAUAAUCAGUUAAGAGCUAAUGAUUCAUCGCAAUAAUCGCGAAUAAUCAUUCGAUUUAGUCGAUUAUAAAAAUAAUCAUCAGUUGUAGCCCUACGUUUUCAUAUGCAAAUUAAACUGAAUGGUGACUGAGGUUAACAUCUUUUGUAUUUAGCAUAAGAAAGAAAGUCAUAUUGGUUUGGAACAACAUGAGUGAGUAAAUUAUGGCAGAAUUCUAAUUUUGGGGGGAACUAUACCUUUAAUUCUCCUUGCGUUAUGGACAUUAGGUAAGACUUCCUUCCAAACAGGAGGUGUAAACAAAAGAUGAGUUUGUGUGAUGGCUGCAUUAUUAAAACUUCAGCCCCUCCAACUAUCUGCACAAAAUCUAACAGUUAUACACCUUUUUCAGAUAUAGUUACAACAAUCUGCAGAUUUUAAGAAAGCUAGUUUGACUUGUUCUCAGAAGUACUUAGUUACAAGUCUGAGUUUUGCCAUUUCAAUAUGAACUUGCAGCAUUUUGGAACUUUUGUUUUGUUGGUAAGUAUUACGUUACACAACAAACAGCACUUCCACUGCAGCAGGGAUACUCAAGGUGACGUCCAAUUACUCAAUACAGACCAGAUCGUUAAAGUAAUUGUCAGGGAGAGGCCUGCAAAUGUUUGAGAAGGAGAGAUGUGUAUAGUUUAUUGUGUAUAGUCCAGUGCAGUCCGCUACGCUUAUCUGUAUCUGUGGGACUACCCCUUUGCACAGUUGGAGAUAUCUGACCUGGGUGCAUUCAGCUUUAUCUAUCAGAGUAUACAUUAGUUUGUGUUUUACUAAAUGCAUUGAAGAACUAAACCCACAAUACCUGAUCAGACGUCCUUGUAUGAGCUGGAUAAUCCUGACAUGCUUGUCAAAAGUGCUUUCAUGCAGCUCACCAAGCCUCCAGUAUAAAUAAAAUGAUUCA